CUUCCUUCCAAUUAUGGCCGUCAUAUUUAAAUAUUAAAUUUGGUUUUGGGCGUGUGGUUUCAGGCCGGUUUUGCGAAGGCGGAGGGAAGAGUGCGUGGGAGAGGUCGGUAAGGGAGCGGCGCCGAUGGGAGAGGGCACUUCACCGGCUUGAUUGUGGUCAUCGUCGGCUGCUUUUUGAGUAAGGGAAGGAAGCCGGUGGCCACGUGUUUCCGGAGAGAUUGAUCGCCGGAAUAUGAAUGCCGCUCCAACAUCCAGCUACAGCAUUCGGGCAGCCUUCUCGUACUGUGUUCAACAAGUUCGCAGUUAUGAUUACCACCAUUACCUCUGCCUGCUUCUCCUUCCCCCGGCCAUGCGUAAGGCCGCUUUCGCAUUCCGCGCUUUCAAUGUGGAGAUUGCAAGAGCCAUGGAUGUCGCUUCAGAGCCUGGGGUCGGAGUCAUGCGUCUUUUAUGGUGGCAGGAAGCCAUCGACAAGAUAUUUGCGAAGAAGCUCGUAGAACAGCCGGUUGCGAGAGCCCUAUCUGCGGUGAUUUCAGAGCAUAAGAUCAGUAAACAUUGGCUCAAACGGUUAGUCGAGGCCCGAAUAAAUGAUGGAAACAAAGAAGAGGGUUACAUUCCAGCUACCAUCGCUGAUCUGGAGAAAUAUGCAGAAGACACAGUUUCGACGAUUCUGUAUAUGACUCUCCAAGCAGGUGGGAUUCAAUCCACUGCAGCGGAUCAUGCGGCUUCACACAUCGGGAAAGCAAGUGGUCUUCUCCUGCUGCUGAGAUCCCUGCCAUACCAUGCUGGAAGAAGUGGAAGAAUACCAUACAUACCAGCUGAAGUAGCAGAGAAGCAUGGGCUGUUAGGAAGAGAGAAUGGGAGAUUGGAAAUUCGAAGGGAUUUGAAGGAGAAGCUUUCAGAUGCGGUGUUUGAGAUUGCAGGUGUUGCUGUUGGUCAUCUGCAGAAGGGAAGAGAAUUGGCUCCGAGUGUUCCUGAAGAGGCUGUUCCUGUGUUGCUGCCUGCUGUGGCAGUGCAGGUGCUGUUUGAUGCUAUGGAGAAGAGUGAUUUUAAUGUGUUUGAUUCAAGUUUGGGAAGAGGGGUUUUGGGUGGCUCUCCACUUUGGUAUCAGUUGAAGCUCAGGUGGCAUUCUUUGAGGAAUAAGUAUUGAGGAACAAGUUAUUGAUGUAUCACAUUACUUUGUUAGUUUGAGAAUCGGAAUUUACAAUUGAGCAUUAUCAUGAUAAUACAAUGCGUUUGUAUUUGCUCCCCAACGUUUUUUAUUCACAUCAGUAAGAAUGUUUUAAA